AUGCGCGCGGGGCCCCUGGCUAUCGCGCAUCGAGCUGGGCUGGUGGCGUCCUGGCGCCCAGGGGUGAAGGACGCAAAACGGCCGUCCUGGGCACGGCACACGUGCCGACUUGCUCACUCACUGCUCGCACCUGCCGUCACGGUGGAGGUUCUCCACACCGCGGCCAUCAGCAAUGCCUCUGCCGGCGUGAGCAAUGCCUCUGCCGGUGUGAGCAAUGCCUCUGCAGGUGUGCGGGCGCAAGCGCAACAAGCGCAUCGGCGUGCCCAUUCCGCUUUCCAGGCGUCGGACAUUAAAUUCUGGGCGCCAGGCGUCCCGCGCUAUCCCACGAUACCAACCUCCAGCUUCUUCGAUACGGCGUCCCACGACGCUCGGGCUGGCGGCGAUGCUCGUCGGCAGCUAGCUGCAUCUGUCCACAAGGAGAAAGCCACCCCAGAGCCUCCCAGCAUUGUCGCAGAUCUUGCGCCUAGUCCCAACCUCAUAUCCACCGCGUGGAGAGCCGGCCUCCAUGUCCGAACUCGCUACCUGGCCCCUUUCGUCUCCAUUUUGCGACCGCCUUUCGUCAUGCUGUCGUCGCGGCGUCCCGACCGCGCGCCUCUGCCGUUGUAA